AUGGGCACAUCGGAAGACAUAUCCUAUAGAGAUACAGACACACAUAUCCUGUACACACACAUAUCCUGUACAGACACACAUAUCCUGUACACACAUAUCCUGUACACACACAGAUAUCCUGUACAGACACACAUAUCCUGUACAGACACAUAUCCUGUACAGACACAUAUCCUGUACACACACAUAUCCUGUACACACACAUAUCCUGUACACACACAUAUCCUGUACACACACAUCCUGUACACACACAUAUCCUGUACACACACAUAUCCUGUACACACACAUAUCCUGUACACACACAUAUCCUGUACAGAGACAACACAUAUAUCCUGUACAGGCACACAUAUCCUGUACACACAUAUCCUGUACACGCAUAUCCGGCACACACACAUAACCUACACACAUAUCCUGUACACAAACAUAUCCUGGACACACAUAUCCUGGACACACACAAAUAUCCUGUACACACAUAUCCUUACACAUAUCCUGUCUUGUGACUGUGAGCUUAUCCUGGGGUGUGCCUGGUUCCUGGGAUGUCAUUUUGGGAUCCUGGACACACACAUAUGCUGCACAGACACACAUAUCCUGUACACACACAUAUCCUGUACAGAGACACAUAUACUAAACACACAUAUCCUGUACACACACAUAUCCUGUACAGAGACACAUAUCCUGUACACAGACACAUAUCCUGUACACACACAUAUCCUGUACACACACAUAUCCUGUACACACACAUAUCCUGUACACACACAUAUCCUGUACACACACAUAUCCUGUACAGACACACAUAUCCUGUACACACAUAUCCUGUACACA